AUGUCGUCAGCCUAUUGUCCCUCAGCAGUUGCGGUCUCCGCCGCAGCCACCGCUUCCUCCGCCGCUACCUUCAACUCACUACUCUCCUCCCGCUCCAAUUUCCAACUCUUCUAUCGCUUUCCACCCAAAUCCUUCAAACUCGUUGCCAAUUGCCCUAACUCACUACUCCUCCACUCGAAUAUCCGUCCCCACCGCUUCUUCUGCGCCGCCGAAGACGCAAUCCCAGCGCCAUCUGAAGAAGAAGAAGAAGAAGUAGAAGAAGGAGAAGAAGAAGAAGGCGAAGGAGAAGAAGACGCAGAUGAAAAACCGACGGCGCAAGCGAGUGGUGAGGAAGGGAGGUUGUACGUUGGGAAUUUACCAUACACAAUCACUUCUUCUGAUCUCUCCCAAACUUUUGGAGAAGCUGGAACCGUCGUCGACGUUCAGAUUGUUUACGAUAAAGUCACUGACAGAAGCAGAGGAUUUGGGUUCGUGACGAUGGGGAGCAUUGAAGAAGCCAAGGAAGCGAUUCAGAUGUUUAACAGCUCUCAAAUUGGUGGAAGAACAGUGAAAGUGAACUUCCCGGAGGUGCCAAAAGGCGGAGAGAGAGAAGUAAUGAGAACCAAGAUCCGUGACGAUAACCGGAGUUAUGUCGACAGUCCUCACAAGAUCUAUGCGGGAAACCUUGGGUGGAGUCUGACCUCACAGGGUCUUAAAGAUGCAUUUGCAGAUCAACCUGGUGUUCUUGGUGCUAAAGUCAUCUACGAAAGAAACUCUGGGAGGUCUAGAGGAUUUGGUUUCGUCUCUUUCGGGUCAGCAGAAGAUGUUCAGUCUGCUCUUACUGCUAUGAAUGGCGUGGAAGUUGAAGGACGAGCCCUGAGGCUAAAUCUGGCUUCGGAGAGAGCCGCCACUGAGUCUCCUCCUUCUGUAGCAGAAGGAGAGACUGAAGAGAGUAGUCCAGAGAGCAGUGAGGUGCUUUCGAAUGUUAGUGCAUGA